CAACAAUGAAAACACAGACAAGCAGCAUUACUACUGGUUUCUAGUACUGCGUAAGUUUAGGCACCUCCUCGGGCCUAAAAGAAUAGGUACCUACCUAAGGAGGAGUAGCUAAGGUUGCCACAAACGCGCCACAUACCCUCUGCCUGAGGGGUACGAAUACUUUCAGACUAGGUACUCCGUACUCCGUCAGUAAAAAGUUCCCUCGGAUUCGCCUUUUCGCCAAACAGCCUAUCAUCCAUCAUCAACCCUUCGUCUGCAAUAUCUGCCACGACUCGAAUAAACACAAUUUCUUACCACCCUCACUAAUCACCAUUUGGCCUUCAACCCCUCCACCCCCUUCGUCCUCCCUUAUCCCAUCUGUCUCAAGGACCAUCUCGAUCAACAGCGACAUCUCCCAUACCUUGGUGCAAUCAGUUGUCAUGUCAGCCGCACCCUCCCCCGCCGCCAGCGAGGGCGAUAGCAAGCGAGGCGAAGUCAAUUAUAGAUUUUGUCAAGAGUGUUCCAAUCUUCUCUACCCUAAAGAGGACCGAGCCACCUCGACACUCCUCUACAUCUGCAAGGCUUGCCACGCAACCACCACCCACGACUCGGCCUGCACCUUUCGACAACAUCUGGGGGCUACUGUACAAGAGACGGCUGGAGUGACGACGGAUGUUGCUAACGAUCCUACUGUGCGUGAUUCACCACCCACCGAAUCAUCCGACUUGUUCAGCAGCCCUCAUCUUUGUACCCUGUGUGGUGAUCAGUUGAAAUGCUUUCAAUGUGGUCUCCCAUGAGUUCUUGCUUGUCACCUGAUUUUCUUGCACUCAGAAUCUCUGGCUGACAACUUCUCUUUGCUUUUCCACAGCUCCCUCGAGCCAAGCAGAUCUGCCCCAAAUGUCGAGAGGAGGAAGCCGUGUAUUUCCAGUCCCAGCAACGAGCCGCUGACACUGGAAUGGUAUGUGCCUCGUCCAUCUUCAUCCUCCUGACCAUUCAAUUGACCUGAUGACAGAAACUCUACUACGUCUGCAUCGCGUGCAAUCAUGUCUACACAUCGGUUUAGUAUGGCGUUGGGGCUUCGCUGAAAGCUUUUAAAAACAUGAAACUGGGCGCUUCGGUGGGUGGGAAGGGUUUGGGUUGCCAACGGCAUGACUCGAUGAUUGCAUCAUGAUACCAUGGGUUUCGAAUCUUGGAGUUUGUCAUGGUGAUGGGUAUUUGUACAGAUGUUGAUUACAUUUGAGAUGCACCGCGUCUCGUUCAAUCCCACGUCACCACUAGAGGGACAUGGUACUCAGUCGUUGAACGACGGACGACAAAUGACCUGUGUAAAAGACAGCGCUUUGUGUUCGCAAUCAUAUGUGCAUGGGAGCCAACGAUAGAAUCUUGGACCAUUUCUUAUCCCGUAGUUCCGCCCCAAC